GUUUACGACGCCUUGUCGAAAUUGUUGUCCAUCGUUCUAGCCAGUUUCCAAGCCAGAACCUGAUAAUCGAAUCCGAAUCCGAAUCGAAUUGCUUGCGCGGUCAUCACACGGGUGCCAUUUUUACGAAUUACAACCAACACAUAGAGGGCUACACUGAACAACGUUGCUAUCCCCUCCGGCUCAACAGCAGGCAAUACAUCUCGAGGGACCGAAGGCCCCAGAGGCUUGUACGUCACAGAGCAACGAAAGCUUCUACAAUCCGCCGCAAUGUCUCGCCCAGAUUCUUCGCUGGACAGCAGCGAGAAAGAAAGGAACGCGCAGCUGGAUCACCCCAAUUCUGAUCAAUCCACAACUGAGACGAAGUUCUCCGACAGCAACAACAACCAUACUGAUGACAACAAGAAACAAGAUGUCGAAGGAAGAAUACCAACCAGUGCCGCCUCCGCUACCGUGGCAACCGCAGAGCACGAACUAUACGAACCGUACGACAACGGCUACCACUUUCCACCCGCACACACCAAAUCGCAGUCUAUGAAGAUUGGCGCAAAGGCAUUCUGGAACUACACAUGCACGCCCCUCGGCUUUUUCGUCGUUCUUUACGGCUUGAACGUCGUUGCCUGGGGUGGAAUGCUGUUUCUGCUACUUUGCAAUGCUUCCCCGGCCAUGUGCUAUCCGACAUGCAGCGAUAUCAACUCUCCCCGGCGCAAAUGGAUUGAGUGGGAUUCCCAGAUUUUGAACGCCUUGUUCUGCGUAACAGGUUUCGGUUUGGCACCAUGGAGAUUCCGCGACUUGUAUUUCUUGAUGCAAUACCGUAUCUUCAAGAAACCUGAAGCUCUUGGCCGGCUCGCAGGCAUUCAUCGCGGAUGGUUCCGCCUACCUGGUUCUGACCAACUCCCCGUCCACAUUGGCCCCGAGAAUGUCACUGAACUGGCAAACGAGCACCCAGUUUUGCACAUCCCGCACCCCGAGAAAGCUAUUCCAAACGCGCCCCUCACUGGGGUUCGAGCACCCCCAACGGCAAUAUGGAAAAUGGACUUCGUCAUCUGGUUCAAUGUGUGGAACACAUUUUUGCAGUGCGUUCUCUCAGGCUUCAUGUGGGGAAUGAACAGAUUCGAUCGACCCAGUUGGUCCACCGGUCUCUUCGUUGCGCUCGCCUGCUUAGCGGCUGCCAUAGGAGGCUUGAUGAUGUUCUUUGAGGGUAAGAAAGUGAAGAGCAUUGAAGGCGUGCCGCUCAGCAAAGAAGACGAGGAGCGUCUGUCAAAAGACAAGGAAAUGGGGGUCCACCAUUACAACAACAUCAAGGACAAGAAGCCCAAGGAAAAGAAGUAGGGGAAAAUGGUGGGUUUGGGCUACAAAUGAGAUACCUAUACACGACGAGUAAUACAUUACGCAAUGACAACUUUACCCGCAGACAAUGACAU